GCUGGUUUAAGAGGGGUUGGACGCUCCAAGAAUUACUCGCUCCAGCCUUGAUGGAAUUCUACAACCAGAACUGGGUAUGGAUAGGGACCAAAGCAAGCAAAGUUGACGCCGUGAAAUGGAUUUCGAGUAUAGAGAGGAAUUACCUACUCGAUCAGGAGACGAUAAAAGAGGUGAAAAGCGCGACCGUCUUUUCAUGGGUUUCGAAGCGGGAAACAUCAAGGUCUGAAAAUAUCGCGUACUGCCUGCUGGGUCUCGUGGACGUCAACAUGCCACAAUGCUUUAUGGAAAAGGAAAUAAGGCCUUUUACCGUCUUCAGCUCAAGAUACUCAAAUGGACAAACGAUCAUUCCACUUUCGCAUCGGAGCGCAGUACAGAAGGAAGAUCCAGACGCUUCAAUCUGCGCAGGCUUCGACACAUGA